ACCCUCUCCCUCUGAUUUCGUACCGAGUUCUUUCCUAACACAUUUGUCGCUUCACAGAUCGAACUCUCUCUCUCUCUCCUCCUCUCUCUCUGGAAGCCAAAUUACUGAUCCAGAGGGCAUUCUAAGUAGAAAAAAACAUGGUGAAGAUUUGCUGUCUUGGAGCAGGGUAUGUGGGAGGCCCCACCAUGGCCGUGAUAGCACUCAAAUGCCCUUCAAUCGAAGUGGCUGUUGUAGAUAUCUCCGUUGCUCGUAUCGCUGCCUGGAACAGCGACCAGCUUCCAAUCUACGAGCCAGGCCUCGAGGAGGUGGUGAAGAAGUGCCGAGGCAAGAAUCUCUUCUUCAGCACAGACGUGGAGAAACACGUCUUCGAGGCAGACAUAGUCUUUGUCUCGGUCAACACCCCAACCAAGACCCGUGGUCUUGGAGCUGGCAAAGCUGCAGACUUGACGUACUGGGAGAGUGCAGCCCGCAUGAUUGCUGACGUGUCAAAGUCCGACAAAAUCGUGGUCGAGAAGUCUACGGUUCCUGUCAAAACCGCCGAAGCCAUCGAAAAGAUUCUGACCCACAACAGUAAAGGAAUAAAGUAUCAGAUCCUGUCCAACCCAGAAUUCCUUGCUGAGGGUACUGCAAUUCAAGAUCUUUUUAACCCCGACAGGGUUCUCAUCGGUGGAAGGGAAACCCCAGAAGGGUACAAGGCAGUUCAAACACUGAAAUCUGUUUACGCCCAAUGGGUACCCGAAGAUCGAAUCCUCACUACCAAUCUGUGGUCCGCAGAGCUCUCGAAGCUAGCUGCUAACGCGUUCUUGGCUCAAAGAAUCUCGUCAGUAAACGCCAUGUCAGCGCUCUGUGAGGCCACCGGUGCUGAUGUCACGGAAGUGGCUUACGCCGUCGGUAAAGAUACAAGAAUCGGGCAGAAAUUCCUCAACGCAAGUGUUGGUUUCGGUGGGUCUUGCUUCCAGAAGGACAUUCUGAACUUGGUCUACAUUUGCGAGUGCAACGGUUUACCCGAGGUAGCCGAAUACUGGAAGCAAGUCAUCAAAAUCAACGACUACCAAAAAAGCCGUUUCGUCAACCGACUGGUUUCCUCCAUGUUCAACACUGUCGCGAACAAGAAAGUCGCGAUUUUGGGUUUCGCGUUCAAGAAAGACACGGGCGAUACAAGGGAGACUCCCGCCAUAGAUGUCUGCCAGGGAUUGCUAGGCGACAAAGCGCAGCUGAGUAUAUACGAUCCACAGGUAACAGAGGAUCAAAUCCAGAGGGAUCUCUCGAUGAACAAAUUCGAUUGGGACCAUCCACUUCAUCUCCAGCCGAUGAGCCCCACCACAGUGAAGAAAGUUUCGGUCGUUUGGGACGCGUACGAUGCCACAAAGGAUGCGCAUGCUGUCUGUAUUCUUACAGAGUGGGACGAGUUUAAGAAGCUCGAUUUCCAGAGGAUUUACGACAACAUGCAAAAACCGGCGUUUGUUUUCGACGGGAGGAAUGUCGUCGAUGCCAAUAAGCUGAGGGAGAUCGGGUUUAUCGUUUACUCGAUCGGUAAGCCGCUUGACGCCUGGCUCAAGGACAUGCCUGCUGUUGCAUAAACGCACCUGACUAAUUCUAUUCUUUUUUACAAUAUACUUUUCGUUUCAUUUAUUAAAAAAAAUUGAAAAAUUCAGAUCCGUUUCAUGAAUUUUUCUUCAUAUAUGCGUUUUGUAGUUGGUAAGAGAGUCAUUUGAGUGUUCUUUUUACUUUGUAUUGAUGUCUAUUGAAACUGUCUUUUCUUGAGGGACCUCAUUUUUUUUCUUAA